GAAAGAUAUUUGACUUGUGCGCACCUGUUUGAAAGAUAUUUGACUCGUGCACAUCUAUGUGAAAGAUAUUUGACUCGUGCACAUCUUUGUGAAAGAUAUUUGACUCGUGCACAUCUGUGGGAAAGAUAUUUGACUCGUGCACAUCUGUGUGAAAGACAGCUGUACUUGUGUCCACUCUCGCUAAAUAGCUACGUGUCUCUUUAAGGAUGGUCUCGCGCUUGAGGCGCGCCGGCUGCAAAGCGUCUUUUUUGUAUCCUAGGAAACAUGGGAAAGGAGAGAACGGGGACAGGACAAGUGAGGGGUUAUAUUUGAUGAGUGGCUGUUCUUUUGGUCCAAUUUGAGCAAUAUUCCUACUUUUGUUACCCCUCAACUUUAACAGAUUAGACGCAAAGCAUCGUAAAUCCGAAGUGUAAAUUAGUCCGUGAGACCGGAAUCUGAAUGUCUGUACAUGUGCCCUGGAGCUGGGAGUCAGAUGGAGAACCACACACACACACUGCCAUCCCUUUCUCCUAUCCAUUCCCCCACAAACAGCUCUAAAGCACUUUCCCUUUCUCCAUCUCUUCCCCAGCAUUCUGCUACAGUACCUGCCUCACUCCCGCUCUCUCCAGCUUCUCUGCCCCAGUCCUCUCCUUCUCACCUCCUUAAGUCACACUGCCUCAGUCCCUCAACUCCAUCAGAUCAGGAUGACUUGACCUGCCUCAACUGGCUGCAUCAGAGAAACAUACUGCCUUUGUCCAAAAUGCCUCCGCUGUCUCAGUAUGAAUCGGCCCCUAUCUCAAGUCUACCAUCUUCCCCGGCCAAGCCUCCAUACUCUUUCAGCAGUCUCAUCUUCAUGGCUAUCGAAGACUCGCCAGACAAAAGGCUUCCUGUAAGAGGGAUCUAUGAGUGGAUAGUCAACAACUUCCCCUACUACAGGACAGCCCCAAGUGGCUGGAGAAAUUCAGUGCGACACAACCUGUCCCUGAGCAAGAGCUUUCGCAGGAUGCAGAGGGACAAGAGUCAAUCCAUUGGAAAGGGGUCACUGUGGUGUGUUUGCUCAGAACAUCGACCGGCUCUUUUAGAGGUACUCAAGAAAACUCAUUACUGCCACAGCAACAACAGCAGUUUGCUGAAUAAUCCUGUUUUGUUGGAGGCAGCUGAUCACGGCCAGACCGUUAUGUGUGACACUAUGGAAAUUUCAGACUUGGAUUUAAAUAACCCAACUCUGUCCUCAAAUGCACCAUGUUCUUUGAUCCCUGAGCAUGAGGAGCUGGUAGCCAUACAGUCUGUAGAGCUUACAGAAGAGGCCGAGUCGGAGAAAGACCCACUGGCAGACAGCGGCUACAUCGAAUUCCACUAUUAUCAAUGUGAACAGUAUCAGUAUCUGGUGCUGCCUGGGAACAGCGACUUGGACUUGGAAACGGUUGAGAUCCUCCAACUUGACGCAGAAGCACAGGAAGCUGCAGGAUCGCUGCUCGAUUUAGCAGGAGGAAGCCACUGAUACUCUUGAUAGAAAUUAAUGGAUAAGGCCAUACAGGUUGUGUAGGCAGCAUGUACUGUACAUUUUCAGGAAUGAAAAUUUCAGGCAAAAAUUGUGCUGGAAAGAGGUUAAGGCUGUGUAUGAACAGCUUUCAUGUAUUGCAGUUUUCUGACUCAAGAUUCAAAAAUGAAAGCACACACCACUAUUAAAACAAAACAAUAUUGUGGUUGAUCAAGACAUUUAUCAGACAGCACUUUUUGCAGCCAGAGAAGACAUAAACUUUGAAGACAAAGUUUAUUAAUAUAUCCACUGGGUUGCAGGGUUUAUUAGGUACAGCCCUCCUUGUUGCUUCACUUAGUACUAGCUAACCCUAUCAUAAAGUUCACUGAGUAACUGGCGCAGUGGAAAUUGCUGACCAGAGAUUAUUUGGGAGAUGGACCCAACACAACACAACUGCCAUAACUGCUGUACUAAAAUUAAAAAUUGUCUGAAUAAUAUAUGAUUAGUAAUGGUCCUAAAAUGGUUCUUUUUCCAUUAAUGAAUGCGAUAGACUUCAAGUGACUAACUGAUUGCCAUGGGUUGCCAUCAGUUAUUGGACUUGCAUGGUGGUUGUAACUAAUGAACUAACAAAUCAGUUCAAUUGUAAGUAUAAGAAUGAACCUCCUUGUUUUCUAAUGAUAUAAAUGAUAUAUUACAGUUAAUAAUGGUAUAGUGAUAUUAAAGGAAAAACUGCCAGUAACUCAGCUUUUUGAUUAGGAUGUUUUAGACUAUUUUUUUCCACCUCUUUUGAUUAUUAACAUUAUAAUGUCAACGUGUUCUUAGUGCACCGUAUUUUAUUCUGUUAAUUUGGUUAAAUUGUUUAGUGGUGUGAUUAGCAGCUUGAACCAAAAUGCCUCCAGAUGUUGUUUAUAUGUAAAGGCACUUGAUAAUAAACUUCUGCAGUGAUUACUUUUGCUUUGCCGUGUAUAAUGGAUUCAGCUCUGUAUUUGAAAUGAAAAUGUGGUCUGUCCAUGCUCUAGCUUGUUUCACCAAUGCUUGGCAUUUUGUUCCUCAAAUGACUCACUGCUGAAAAUGUGCGAGACAGACACUCCCCAAAUGGCGGGCAGUACUUUAUGUAUCAAAGCCUGUACCCACCCACAUUAGUUUUUCUGACAAAAUAACAAUCGAAUUAACCCC